AUGAUUCAAUGCCCUUCCAAGAAUGAAGUUGAUAAGAUCAUUGCUCUUGAUCGAUGGAUUUUCCAGGGAUUUCGUGUGUUUGCAGACAGAUGGAUCGAAAAUGCAGGGAGAUCUAGAGUGCAGACUUCCUCUGGGGAUCUAUGGAUCCACUUCUAUGGGAUUCCCCUUCAUCUCCGAUCCCGGGAUCUGUUUCAUCAAUUGGGUAUGUACUGUGGAGAAGUGCUGGAGGUUCAAGAGGAGGGGCUUUCUUUGAAUGAGGUUAGGGUGAGAGUCCGGCCGAAUGAUAUGAUUCCCGACGAGUAG